CAGCAGAUUAAAAAAAAAUGGACACAAAUCCCAGGUAAGUAACAACAGUUUACACGUUUCGAGCAUUUUCAGACGCCGUGCUUAAAGAAGGGAGGGUAUGUUAUAGUCAAGAAAAACAAAAUAAUUUUAAAUCAUUUUAAUUUCCGUUGUGUUUGAAAAACAGAAAUCAUUAUAAAAGUAUUUCCAGUAAUUCACCGUGUUCAAACUUAAAGAGACAUUUUUGGUGUUUUGUUUUUAGAUUUAAAACGCUAUUGUAAACAAAACUUAGUACGUGUUUUAUACCAAUGUUCAUUGACGAUUGAAGAUCAUGAGAAUUGCAUAUUAAUUUAAAUGUAUUCCUACUAACCAACGUCCGUUUUAAUUCCAUUACUUUAUCAUCGAAUGCAGAGGAUAGCAACAACACUUUGCCCACAGGUCGCUUGAUAAAAAAAAAUUGUGAGUUCAUUGUGCCUUGAUUAAUAUUAGGUAAGGCUUAGAAUUAUUUUUUGUAUUUAUUAUUUACACUUACUUACGGAAAAACAUGUUUAAAAUUUAAAUUUUUAAAAAUCAAUAAAUGCAAUCAUUAUUUUUUUUAAAACAAAUUAUCAGUGGAUUUAAAAAAAAUAUAUAUAAUGUCAAUUUACAUUUUUCCCAACUUCAUUUUCGCAUUUUUAAGCAACAUUGUGUCAUAUAUUUACAUUAAAUGUUUCCCCGAGGUGAUUUAUAAAGAUUAAACUAAAUUAUUUAUAAAAAAAAGUUUUUUUAUAUUCAUUUUUAGGCCCAGGAUGGCUUUCUUUGACUUUGAAAACUCGCUGGACAUGCUUUUGAUUGGAAGAGCAGGAAAUGGGAAAAGCUCAACGGGCAAUAAAUUUCUCGGGAGAGAAACCUUUUUAUCAUCAAGCGAUACACAGUCGACCACGGUGCAAGCACAAUUUGAUUUCUGUGAGUUUGAAGGAAACGUGCUCAAAGUAGUCGACUGCCCUGGGCUUGGAGACACCAGGGUUGGUGUGGAAGAUGACGCGAAACAGCUGGUAGAUGCAUUACGAACCGCGAUCGCGAACAACCCGAAAGGUUUCCACGCAAUACUUUACAUCGUUAGGUUCAAGCCUUGCAAACCCUCAAAGUUGUGGUGGGUGAAGAUUUUGUAACGAAUCAUUGUGUCCUCGUGAUGACCGGUGGGGAUUGCUUCGAGACCGAUCCGAUGAUUAAAAAAGCUGGCCUUUCUUUUGGUGACUGGGUAAAGAGACAACAAAAUGAGUUUUUUCAAAGCGUCGUUCCCGAAUGUCAACGCAGGAUAAUUCUGUUCAACAACAGGACGGAUGAUGUCGAAAAAGAACGAAUUCAAAUGAGACAGCUCGUUGGGCUUAUUCGCAGUCUGGCUUCAAAAGGCAAGCGCUAUACAAAUAGAGAUUUUGAAAAGGUGGAAGAGAAACGAGUUGGUUUUUUACGCAAUCUGCAUCAUGAGCAGGAAAAUCAAGACAUCAUCAAUAGAAUUGGGAUUUUAAGUUCGAGAUUGAAAAAUGCACCGUCCAAUGAAGAAGGUGCUGGCUUGAUGCAGGCAGUAAGCGAUGAAAUUGAAACAUUGAAUAACGUUGCAAAUGUAGCUCUCGAAAAAAAUUCAAGAGUGCAGAACUCCAUUAAGCUUUUUCCUUGUAUCCGCGAGGCGUUGCAAGCGAAACGAAAAGAGGUUGAUAACAUCAUAGCUUACAACAAGAAGGUGUUGAACUGGAAAACCAUCAGCAGAGAAAAAGGGGAAUCGGCAAAACCCUUAGCGAUGGCUACACCCACGAAUUCCCUGAAAGUUGAAGAAAAAAAUCAAGAAGUAGAAAAAGAGGAAAAGUUUCAAGCAUUGCUGGGAGAGGAAACGAGGAUUAAAAUUGAAGAGCUCGACAAGCAAUACCUGCAAAUUAAAACCGUAAGUGAUUUUAACAGAAUCAUGGUACAUCAGGUCAACACAACUGAAAACCAAAGUAAGGGGACAAGUUAUUUUUCUAAGUUUUCAACCUGGGUGUAUAAAUAAGAUUAAUAUAUAUUAACGCUCUUGAAAGUUUGCUGUAAAUCUUUUAUCUUUUAACUUGUCAAAUCAUAUUGUUAAGUUUUUGAGUUGACGAUCAUCGGGGUAGGUGAUAGGUAUUGAUUGUACAUUAACAUUGUUUUGUUUUUUUAAAUUUAAAUAUUCAAGGAUGGUAAUUUAUAAAGGAUUUUUAAAGGGACAGGGGUCGCGACAGGCUGAGCCUAUCACACCGACGACUGGGACCAUAUGUCCGGUCGGAGAAUUAAUGUUUUAAUUUUAAAAUGAACUUUAGGACGAUAUUGCAUAUAAAACUAACUAAUUAACAAUAUUGUUUCAGUUGUACAUUAGCAAUUUUAUUGUAAAAAAAAAUAUGUAUAAUAUUUAAAGUUACGUAUCUAACCACGUUGUUUCAAUAAAUUACUUGUCAUUUAUAUAUUACAUAUAUAUAAUCUUCAUAACUUUAUUAUGAGUUGUGC